CUAGGAGGACGACUGCAAAACCCGGACAGAUUUAGGAAGACGCAUCACGAUGGCUUAUUCCGUGGUGGACUUGAUAGAUCUACCACGUGUCCCCAAUAGCUAUACAACAACGAGAAGAGCGCUCAGCGCUAUACACCGCAGAGGACGGUGUUUUCAUCCGAACGCUGCAUGGCAGCAAACGGUUUCUCCUUGUAAACUAGCCUAGAUAGAACAGCUGCAUGGACCCUAACGGGAGCUACACCAGCG